AUGCAGCCGCAGCGGGGCAGAGCCGCGGGGCUCGGCUGCCGCGGCGGGGACGAGCUGCCCCCCGUGCAGCAGAACCUCAAUUAUUACCCGCACAUCUUCUGGGUGGAUGGAUGUGCCGAGACAGCGGCUCCCUGUGCCCCCGCUGUCCCCUCGGCUCCCUUCCCACCGCCAGUGCCCGACCGGAGCAGAAAACCGCGGAACAAAGGAAGGGAACGCGGGGAAAGGAACAGUGCCGGCUUCCUCGUGAUGUUCCUGCUGAUCCUGGUGGCCUUCACCGGAGUGGGGCUGAGCAUAUUUAAGAUUUUUCACCUGGAGAAGGAGGUGGAUGAACUCAGGGAGUCUGCCAGCGCUGAGCUCAUCCCUGCAUCCUCUCAGAAACUCACAGGGCACAGGAAGGAGGCCAGGAGGGCAGCCCAUGUCACAGGCAACCCAGCGCAGCAGGGGCUGCCGCUGGAGUGGGAGCCCAGCUCUGGCCAUGCCUACACCAGCGGGGUGCAGUACGAGGCGCGGGGGCUGCGGGUCAGCGAGCCGGGGCUGUACUUCGUGUACUCGCGGGUGCUGUUCCGGGGCACGGCCUGCGACAGCCCGCUGCUGCUGGCACACGUGGUGUACAAGAGGAACCCGGCCUCCCCGGGCAGCCUGGUGCUCAUGGAGGACAAGGCCGCCAACUUCUGCUCGGGGCAGAGGAUGUGGGCCCGCAGCAGCUACCUGGGCGCUCUCUUCAGGCUCAGGAGGAUGGACAGCCUGCACGUCAACGUCUCCAAAAUCGCCCUGGUCAACUUUGAGGAGUCCAAGACUUUCUUUGGUUUGUUUAAGCUCUGA